GGCUGCUAGUCUCACUCUGAUGCUGCUGUGGCUGCAUUCACGCUAUCUGUGUCACUACGACUACUCGCUGCUCUGGAUUAAAUCUGAGGAUGUUUGUAAGAAAACAACCUGAAAAUCAGAAGGGCAGUGUUAUCAAAUGUUCAUCAUGAUCACACUUAGGCUUACAGACCACCUACAGUACAACCAUAAUGCAGCAUCCACACGAUAUCAAUCUCGGCUACCAGGCUAAGCUGCUUAUGAAAGGACCUUCAGAGAACUGUACAACCAAACUCCCUCUACUUGUCCCUCCACAUCCCCUGGAAGAUAACCUGUUCCUCUUUCCAGCUCUAUCUGUGUCCUACCCUUAAUCCCACCUUGGACUUGAAUGAAAACUCAGGGAAGUGUUACGGGCAAUGGCAGUCUUAAGAGUUAAGUUUACCAAGACCAAAAGAGACAAGCUGGCCCAGGUGCUCUGGAUCCUAAACUGGAUCUCGGUAAUUACGGGGGCCAUCCUGUUCAGCCUAGGCCUCUUCCUUAAGGUGGAGCUCCAUAAACAAGGAGAGGUGAUGGCUGAGAGGGACAUCCAGUAUGUUCCCAACACGCUUAUAGCUGUGGGUCUCAUCGCUUGUGCCAUAAACUUCCUGGGUGGGAAAAUCUGCUACGACUGUGUGGACACCACCAAGUUUUUGCGCUGGAAGCUGAUCAUGCUGCCCUACAUCAUAUGCACCUUCUUCUUCACCUUUUGUGUGCUGGUAGGGGCUCUGAUGUGUUACUGCAUGCACUGGGAACUGGAAGAGUCUCUGAACCUGGGACUGACAGAGGCCAUGAGGUUUUAUAAGGACACAGACACACCAGGACGCUGCUUCCUAAAGCGCACCGUGGACAUGCUGCAGGUGCAGUUUCAGUGCUGUGGAAACAACGGUUAUAAGGACUGGUUUCAAAUUCAGUGGAUAAGCAACCGUUACCUGGAUAUGUCCCAAAAAGAGGUGGUGGACCGAAUCAGGAGUAACGUGGAUGGAAAGUACCUACUGGAUGGAGUCCCAUUCAGCUGCUGCAACAUCAACUCUCCCCGGCCCUGCAUCCAGCAGCAGAUCACCAACAACUCUGCACACUUCAACUAUGAGCACCAGACGGAGGAGCUAAACCUUUGGAUGAAAGGGUGUCGACAGGCGCUGCUGGAGUACUACAUACACAUUAUGCAGUCCAUCGGCCUCACAGUCCUCAUCACCUGGUUAUUUGAGCUAUCAGUGUUGACCGGGGUUCGUUACCUCCAGACUUCUCUGGAAAAUGUCCUGAGACAGGGAGACCCCAACUCUGAAUCUGAUGGCUGGCUGCUGGAAAACAGCUUCAUGGAAACUGCCCGCAUGAACCUGAAUAUCAUCAAGAGCCUUGGCAAGGGUAACCAGAUAGACACAGCCACUAAUGGAGACCCCAACAUUAACGUCCCCUCCACUUCAAAAGCACACUAUGGUCCUGACAAUGUUCCACCAAAGCAAAUAACUGAAGACAGUUGAACUUUUUCACUCCACAGACUUCAAUGGACGACAUUCCUGAAGCCCACAAAGGCCCUUGAAACAUAUACACAUUACAUUGGUGAAUUCUUAUCUCUGUACCUGUGGUGAAGAAAUGGGCAUUUUGUUUGUGGAAAAUAUAUAUGAACCCUGAAUGAUAAAUGAUAGUAUUUUAAUAUCAACACCAUAAUUUAAGUCACCAUUAAUGUAAAUAAAUUUGAUAAAUGCAAGGAAUAAGUGACAAAAUGCUACCAGAACACCUUAAAUGUACCUUUGCAUUCAUUUUGCAAGUGUCUGAAACUCUGUUGGAGGAGUUGAACACCAUUAUUCCAAAACAUGCACCCUCAUUUUGUGUUUCGAUGAUGGUGGUCAUAUAAAAAAAAAUUUGAUAGAGACCUGGUGACAUAAUUUCCACCCAAAUCAAUCCAUUCACCGAGCCCUCGUAUAAUGUGGACUGGGCCAAAACCAUCCUCAUAACUUUUCUGAAGGGUUCACAGGACCCACACCAUGCUAACCAAAUGUUCUCCACAGUAUAACAAAGCCACCACAUUUCCUCACUUUAAAUUCCUUUAAUUUGCCACCAGUCUGCAUACAUUUCUAUUAUUUUUCUGUAAGAUUACUUGUGCUUUAAUCUACUGUUUACAAAUGACAUCUGUUGCCUGUGUAACAUGUGGUUUUUGCAAAAAAGACUCUGUACACCCGUCAGUUGCAACACUGGAAUCAAAAUGUACUUAUAUUUAUUAUUUGAUGAAGACAACUGUGGGUUAGAAGUUCAAGCACCUGUUCUUGUUUCCCAUGAUUUCAUCUGAGCAUGCCAGAAAACCCACUCAGAAGUUUGAUUUACAGCAAGAAAAAAAAAGCUCACAAAUUACAUUUCACAAUUAAAGAUCUGUAGUGAUUAGUUUCUGUGUUUAGACUAGUAGUACCAAUAUUGGAUCUUUUGGGUGCCCUUUUCCCUGAGUUGCCUAACUGCAUUAGCAAAGUUGUUACAAGGAUAGCGAAUAUUAAACAGUACUUUGUUUUCACAUAAGUAGCUCAGCAGACAGAAAUCCAUGAGAAAUUCUUAACUACUUUUUUUUAUUUUUAGAAUAUUUAAGCCACUGCUACAAUGAUUAUCUUGUGCCUCAGCAAUGUCACCAGGUUUUAAUGCUCAAAUAUAAACACUUUGCUGGGAUGAGCUACAAAAAGUUUGACAAUAAACUGUCUGUUUGAGGACUUUGAA